GGGGGUUCUAAGCGGGCCCCAGGUGGACCCCAGUGGAGGGCGGGCCCCAGGCCUGUGCCAGACGUGCGCCUCCAGGCGCGCUCAGCGCCGCACGAACUUGUCUCCCAGGAUUUUUCCACACAAAACACGUCUCCCAGGGAAGCAACCGGUCUGAUGAGCUGGGCAUGCAGGCGUUCCCACCCCGCCCUCCUGGUGCCCCCACAGUCCUGUCCUGCAGUGAGAGGCUGCCCCAGACAGAUGCACCGGGCUGAGGAUGGAGCCCAGGACCCCUCAGCUGGCAGCAAUGGACUCCGGGAUGCGCCACAGGGCCUGCAGUAUCCUGACCGCAAGCAGGCCUGAGGCCGGUGUGUGCUCCCUGGCACUGCCCUCCGACCUGCAGCUGGACUGCAGGGGCACAGAAGGGCCUGCGGCUGAACGGUGGCGCGCAGCCCGUGUCCAGGAGCAGGUCCGUGCCCGCCUCUUGCAGCUGGGCCAGCAGCCACGGCACAACGGAGCGGCGGAACCCAGCAGGGCCACGGAGGCAGCCAGAGGCUCAUCCCGGGGUCAGUACCACACCCUGCAGGCUGGCUUCAGCUCCCGCUCCCAGGGCCUGAGUGGGGACGCGUCGACCUUCCGGCCCAUCGCCAAGCCUGCCUAUAGUCCCACCUCCUGGUCCUCCCGCUCUGCUGUGGACCUGAGCUCCCGUCGGAGGCUGAGCACUGCCCACAACGGGGACGGUGCCUUUGGGGCUGGGGGAUUCGGGGGAGCCCAGCCUGCUGCCCCCACGCCUGCCCGACCCUUGUCCUUCCAUGAGCGUGGUGGGACGGGGAGCCGGGGCGACUAUGACACCUUGUCCCUGCGCUCGCUGAGGCUGGGUGCCGGGGGCCUGGACGACCGCUACAGCGUGGUGUCUGAGCAGCUGGAGCCCCCUGCCACCUCCACCUACAGGGCUUUUGCCUAUGAGCGGCAGGCCAGCUCCAGUUCCAACCGUGCCGGGGCCCUGGAGUGGCCGGAGACCACCGAGGGGCCACCCAGCCGGACCAUCCGGGCCCCAGCCAUGCGCACCCUGCAGCGAUUCCAGAGCAGCCACCGCAGCCGGGGCGGAUCUGGGGCGGGGCCAGUGGGGAUCCUGGAGCCCGUGACCCGAGCACCCUCUGUGCGCAGCCUCAGCCUGAGCCUGGCCGACGCCAGCCACCUGCCCGACAUGCGUGGCCUGGACGGCUAUGGCAGCCACCGCACUCUGCAGAGGCUCAGCAGUGGCUUCGAUGACAUUGAUCUGCCCUCAGCAGUUAAGUACCUCAUGGCCUCGGACCCCAACCUGCAGGUGCUGGGAGCAGCCUACAUCCAGCACAAGUGCUAUAGCGAUGUGACGGCCAAGAAGCAGGCCCGCAGUCUUCAUGCUGUGCCCAGGCUGGUGAAGCUCUUCAACCAUGCCAACCAGGAGGUUCAGCGCCACGCCACUGGUGCCAUGCGCAACCUCAUCUAUGACAAUGCCGACAACAAGCUGGCCCUGGUGGAGGAGAACGGCAUCUUUGAGCUGCUGCGGACGCUGCGUGAGCAGGACGAUGAACUUCGCAAAAAUGUCACAGGGACCCUGUGGAACCUGUCCUCCAGCGACCACCUGAAGGACCGCCUGGCCCGAGACACGCUGGAGCAGCUCACAGACCUGGUGCUGAGCCCCCUCUCUGGGGCAGGAGGGCCACCCCUCAUCCAACAGAAUGCCUCUGAGGCAGAGAUCUUCUACAACGCCACGGGCUUCCUCAGGAACCUCAGCUCAGCCUCCCAGGCCACCCGCCAGAAGAUGCGUGAGUGUCACGGGCUGGUGGACGCCCUGGUCACCUACAUCAACCAUGCCCUGGACGUGGGCAAGUGCGAAGACAAGAGCGUGGAGAAUGCUGUGUGUGUACUGAGAAACCUGUCCUACCGCCUGUACGAUGAGAUGCCACCGUCAGCCCUGCAGCGGCUGGAGGGCCGGGGCCGAAGAGAUGUGGACGGGGCACCACCCGGCGAGGUGGUCGGCUGCUUUACUCCCCAGAGCCGGCGGCUCCGAGAGCUGCCUCUCGCCGCUGACGCACUCACCUUCGCCGAGGUGUCUAAGGACCCCAAGGGCCUAGAGUGGCUGUGGAGCCCCCAGAUCGUGGGGCUGUAUCACCGGCUGCUGCAGCGCUGUGAGCUCAAUCGGCACACAACCGAGGCAGCCGCUGGGGCGCUGCAGAACAUCACCGCAGGCGACCGUAGGUGGGCGGGCGUGCUGAGCCGCCUGGCUCUGGAGCAGGAGCGCAUCCUAAACCCACUGCUGGACCGCAUCCGGACUGCCGACCACCACCAGCUGCGCUCGCUGACCGGCCUCAUCCGAAACUUGUCUCGGAACGCCAGGAACAAGGACGAGAUGUCCACCAAGGUAGUGAGCCACCUGAUCGAGAAGCUGCCGGGCAGCAUAGGUGAGAAGUCUCUUCCAGCCGAUGUGCUGGUCAACAUCAUAGCCGUGCUCAACAACCUGGUGAUGGCCAGUCCCAUUGCUGCCCGGGACCUACUCUACUUCGAUGGGCUCCGAAAGCUGGUCUUCAUCAAGAAGAAGCGAGACAGCCCUGACAGUGAGAAGUCGUCCCGGGCAGCCUCCAGCCUCUUGGCCAAUCUGUGGCAGUACAACAAGCUGCACCGAGACUUCCGGGCGAAGGGCUAUCGAAAGGAGGACUUCUUAGGCCCAUAGGUGAGGCCUUCCUGGAGGAGGAUGUGGACGUGGCCCAGCCUCCGAAGGACGGGCUCAGUUCUGUGCUGCCCACCGGCCAGCCUGGAGGAAAAGGCAGAUGGCCCAGGGGCCCCUCACGGAACCUUGUGUUACUUUGAAGGACCAGGGCCACCAGGGAGGGGGAGGGGGCUUGUGGCUGGGGACUUGGCUUCUGCAGGGCAAUGGGUGGGGCAGGGCUUCAGGCUGCUCUGGUGCUUGGGGGUGACGGGGUGACCAGGUCACGUGGGCAGAGGUGGGGCUGGCCACGACCAGCAGUGCCUCGGGACGGCCAGCACUGGCAAUAAAGUGAAUGCAGCAGCUUCAG